UAUUUGGCUCAGUUGGCUCCUAUUGUUGACCUCCUCCUUGCCUCCCACCCCAUCAGUCCCAAUGGGCAUCUACCACCGCUGCCAGGGUUGUUGUAGGGAUAACAUGGGGAGAGGCAGAAUCACAUCUGUUAUCUCCAACUUCCUGGAGAAAAGAUAUAAACAUCGUAAUAAUAAUAAAGGGGGGGGAACAGGCAAGGGGCUAAAAAGUCGCUAAUCUUAGACACGUCCCUCCCCCCCCCGCACGGCCAACCCAGCUCUGGCCCGGGGCUGCUAUAGCCCUCCGUUUCCACGUAGAGCCCUUCCUCGGACGGGUGUUUCUUUUCUCGCCCUCGCUGCUCUCACAACGUCAGUGGGAAUUUCCAGCUAGGAAGUGAGAGGGAGGCGAAGGUGCGGGCGGAGGGAGAAAGGCGGGAGUCACCGAAGAGGCUGGUGCACGGUCUCGUCAGUGUGUGUGCGUGUGUGGGCGCACGCGGGCAGCCGGGUGCGCGCGCGCGCUGUUGGAGGCCAAACGAGUCCGCGCAAAAUAAAACAAAAAACAAAAGCCUUGACAGUGACAGCCGGCGCGCGCGCGAGGCUUCCUUUUUGCGUUGUUUUCCUUUUUUUCUUCUUCAGCAGACUCGGAGCCAAGCCAGAACCCCACGGGCAGUUAGUUAGUUAGUUCCGCCUCCGCCUCCUACUGUUGCUGCCGCCGUCGACGACUAGCCUCUUUCAACCCGUUGCGUUGUGACAUGGCGUUCUUAUAACCGGGACUCCUCCUCCUGCUCGUGUUGAGUCUUUUUACUAUCGGUCCCUCAUAUCGACCUGGGUUUCCCUUCCUCGGCGAGGCGUGCUCCACAGCGAGGGCCAUAAGGAAUUCCGCUCCCUAGAUUGAGCUCUCAGAAUGGCAGAUGACAAUGCAUAUCUCUUGGGAGUGGGAGACCCACAAGUGUUUGCAAUGGACCACAUCAUGGGAAUAAAUCAGCUGUUCAAUAACACAAACAUGAUUACAUCUGAACUACAUCUUCACACAGGUGAUGGGCCAUACCUUCAAAUUGUUGAACAACCUAAGCAGAGGGGGUUUCGCUUCCGAUAUGUUUGUGAAGGACCAUCGCAUGGUGGACUUCCUGGAGCUUCUAGUGAAAAGAACAAAAAAUCAUAUCCACAAGUUAAAAUUUGCAAUUACACCGGGAAUGCAAAAGUCAUUGUGCAGUUAGUCACAAAUGGAAAGCAUGCCCACCUGCAUGCUCACAGCUUGGUGGGGAAGCACUGUGAGAAUGGAGUAUGCACAGUUAACGCAGGACCAAAAGACAUGGUGGUAGGAUUUCCAAACCUGGGGAUACUCCAUGUUACAAAAAAAAGAGUCUUAGAUACACUGGAAGCACGCAUGAUUGAUGCAUGUAAAAGAGGCUAUAAUCCAGGACUCCUAGUACACCCUGAACUCAACUAUAUACAAGUGGAAGGUGGAGGGGAGAGGCAACUAACAGAGCGAGAAAAAGAAAUCAUUCAUCAGGCAGCGCUUCAACAGACUAAAGAAAUGGACCUCAGUGUUGUGCGGCUUAUGUUCACAGCAUUCCUUCCUGACAGCAAUGGCAGCUUUACAAGAAGACUCCAACCUGUUCUGUCUGAUCCUAUAUAUGAUAGCAAAGCCCCCAAUGCAUCUAACUUAAAAAUUGUACGAAUGGAUCGGACAGCUGGAUGUGUGACAGGAGGAGAAGAGAUUUACCUUCUUUGUGACAAGGUUCAGAAAGAUGAUAUUCAGAUCCGUUUUUAUGAAGAAGAUGAAAACGGUGGUGUCUGGGAAGGAUUUGGAGACUUUUCACCUACUGACGUGCACAGACAGUUUGCUAUAGUAUUCAAAACACCAAAGUACCGAGACGUCAAUAUCACGAAACCUGCAUCUGUUUUUGUCCAGCUACGGCGAAAAUCGGAUCUAGAGACAAGUGAACCAAAGCCUUUUCUAUACUAUCCUGAAAUCAAAGAUAAAGAAGAAGUGCAAAGAAAACGACAGAAGCUCAUGCCUAACUUCUCCGAUAGUUUUGGCGGAAGUGGUGCAGGUGCUGGAGGAGGAGGAAUGUACGGAGGAGGAGGAGGAGGUGUUGGAGGUGGUGGGGCUGCUGGAUCAGGGUAUGGGUACCCACCAUAUGGGUUUUCUGGUUAUGGAGCGAUGCACUUCCAUUCCAGUGCAAACAAGGCUGGUGCAGGAAUGAAGCAUGGAUUUUCAAAUGACAUGCCAAAUAGGGAUGGUGAAAGCUGCUGCAACAAAAAACAUAGUGUGAAAUUCAAGGAGAAAGUGGAGCUUGAAGAGAAAAACAAAACCAGAAUUGGCACAGCUCCUGAGGUGGAAGAAGCAGCUUUACCAUGUACUGAUGCUGACAUCAGUUUACAAGAUGAUUUAUUUUUGGAGAAGGCUAUGGAGCUUGCUAAGCGUCAUGCAAAUGCCCUUUUUAACUAUGCAGUAACUGGAGAUGUGAAGAUGCUACUGGCUGUUCAGCGUCACCUUACAACUGUCCAGGAUGAAAAUGGCGACAACGUCCUUCACUUAGCAAUUAUUCAUCUUCGUAAGGAACUGGUGAGGAACUUCUUAGAAGUGGUAGCAGAUUUGAAUGCUGAUGAUAUUCUCAACGUGAGAAAUGACCUUUACCAGACUCCUUUACAUUUGGCUGUUAUCACAAAGCAGGCAGGAGUGGUGAAGGACUUGCUCAGAGCUGGGGCAGAUGUGAGCCUUUUGGAUCGCCAUGGCAAUUCAGUCUUGCAUCUGGCAGCCAAACAAGGAGAUGAGAAGGUGUUAAGUAUGCUGCUUAAUCACAAAGAGGCAUUUCUGAUGAGAGACCUUCCUAAUGGGGAAGGUCUGACUGUCAUUCACCUAGCCGUGAUAGCAAAUAGCAUGUCCUGUCUCAGACUGCUCAUUGCUGCUGGUGCUGAUGUCAAUGCCCAGGAACAGAAAUCUGGGAGAACUGCCUUACACCUGGCUGUUGAACAAGGAAAUAUAUCCUUGGCAGGUUGCCUUCUGCUUGAGGGUGAUGCAUUUGUUGACAGCACUACAUAUGAUGGAACCACUCCACUUCACAUAGCAGCUGGAAGGGGCUCUACAAAAUUGACAUCUCUUCUCAAAGCAGCAGGUGCAGAUCCCCACAUUGAGAACUUUGAACCAUUGUUUGAACUAGAAAAUGUGAAAGACAAAGAUAGUGAUGAUGAAGGGAUUGUACCUGGAACAACACCUUUGGACAUGGCAACCAGCUGGGAGGUGUAUGACAUCUUGAAUGGUAAACCUUCCCAGUCAAAGGUAGCUUCCGAAGAUCUAUUGAUACGAGGAAACAUGAAAGAGCUGAAUGAGGAUGUUAAAUUACAGCUUUACAAGUUACUUGAAGUGCCUGAUCUGAACAAAAACUGGUCCAUGUUGGCACAAAAGCUUGGCCUAGGGAUACUAAACAAUGCCUUCCGGUUGAGUCCCUCUCCAUCAAAAACCCUACUGGAUAAUUAUGAGGUUUCUGGUGGUACAGUAAGUGAGCUGGUUGAUGCCUUGAUUGAAAUGGAUUAUCCAGAGGCCGCUGAAAUAAUUAAAAAAGCACUAUCCAUCUCAUCAAGCCAGUCCAGCAUGGAGAAGGAAAGAGAUGUCAAGCCUCCAUUAUGUGAAUCACCUUCCUCUCCCAUGAAAGCACAAACAGGUGAUGUCAAAUUCCAAGAUGCUGAAAGUAUUUGUGACAGUGGUGUAGAGAUUUCCCUCCGCAAACUCAGCUUUACAUAUUCGGAGUCUUUCACCAGCAAGUCACCAGUAACAUUUAAGAAACUGGCUACAGGCUAUGGACAGGACAACUCGCUACAAGGCAAAAUUGAAGCCACUUAGAGGUGUGGAAUAGUUGUAUAAAGCAUUCUGCAGUGAAAGGGAGUUGCUAAUUAUCCAAAUGCACUAGAAGAAAAAGCUCUUUGAAAUGUACAUAGACAGGACCCUUCAACACACAGGUAUCAGAUCCCGGUAAAGUGGGAAGCUCAGGACAGGAACAUGAGGACUGAGUGAAUUUUCUUUUUUCCUAACAUCUUCACCUAUAAAAGGAAUCGACUACUCUUUGAUGUUUAAUAAAAGUUACAUAAGAGACAUUGACUGUGGUCCAAAACUGUGAAGCACAAAACUCAGCCAUAAACGGUGAUCAAGAUACUUAUGUCAAAAAUUAUAAUGUAUAUUUCAGUAAGUAUUUAAAGUUUCAUCUGGUGUCUAUAAAAUCAUUCAAGCUUCAAAUGGUGUUUACCCAUGCUGUUUUACCAUCUUUCUAAUGUAAAUAUUUUUGUUUAGAUGAAUUACUCAAGGAAAAAAUGUGCUUUUUA